GAAUCGAACGAACCUAAAACAAAUCAGAAAAUAAAAUGGCUGUGGGAGAUACCAACCAAGAUAUGUAUUUAGAGAUGGGGAGUAACACUCGACCUGAGAGCAAAUUGCAGAGCUGCUGUGUCAAUCGUCAGCGACUGCAUUCCAUCAUAACAGGAAUGGUCUUGUUCUCCUAUGGAGGAAUGGACAUGGCGCAGGGACUUGGCUGGAAUUUGUACACAGGCAUUGCGGACACACAACAAUUUUCGUUCUGUUGGUUCAUUGGAGUCAUUAUUGGAGCCAUAUUGGGAGCAUUCACAGUUAGCCACUUGCCCAAAUCCUUUUUCUAUGCUUUCGCAACGCUGCUGCAGUUGAUCGAUGCUAUUAUCUGUGUGAGUGCACCAUAUAACUAUGAUGCUAUGGUAGCAGCUCGAUAUAUUGGCGGCAUUGGCAUUGGCUUCAUAACGGUGGCCUUUAUAAUACACAACGCGGAGGUGGCGCCAAUCGAGGCUCGCGGCAAGUGGUGCGCCGUGGAGCAAUCUGGCCUGGGAUUGGGCAUAGCUGUGCAGGUGAUCAUGGACUCAAUGUGGAACCCGGCGCUACCUAUCGGAAACAAUCAAGUGCAUGGCAUCAUUGGAAUUGUGUUUGCUAUUAUCGCCAUUGCCGUAAUAAUACUUUCGGUCGAGUCGCCCAUCUUUCACCUGCGCCGCAACGAUUACGACAAGGCCAAUGAUUGCCAAUGGCAGCUGAUGAGCAAAGAAGCCACCGCAAAUGAGCAGAAUGAGCUGUUGGAAGAGAACAAACGUUACGUCUCGGAGGGUGUACAUGAGAGCAUAAGCCACGAUCUAGUCGUCUCCGUGGUUCCAUUCUUUAAAAUGUUCUUUUGCCGUUGCCUGGUGGCAUUUAGCUUCUCGAUGCCGCUCACUCAGACAAUUAUUGCGAGCAGUACGGUCUGGAAAGGCACGCUAUACAGCUGGCCAAUCAUCGUAUGGAGACUCUUACGUUGGAUCGGAACUCUCAUUUCCAUCCUAGUUAUGGACAAGCUGGGCCGCAAGCUCCUCGCAAUGCUUGGCCUUGUUUGCAUGGCUGGGUUGAUGCUGGGCAUGGCUGGCCUCUACUCGAACUACGCUUAUACGAUAAGUCCAUACUAUAUGGCGCAGGUAUGUCGCAUUUCCAUGGCCUUCCAAAUGUUCGCUGGCCUCUUCGUUGCAUGCACCCCUGCUUACAUGGGAGAGGCAUUCCCCAUGCGCAUCAAGCCUUUCCUCAUUGCCUUUAUCGUGUGCAUCGAGCAACUGAUUCACAUAAUUGUGAUUGUCACCUUCAAAAAUGAGGCAAACAGCUUCUAUCAAUACUAUCUGGGCGUCGGCAUUAUCCUGCUGAUAAGCAUGCUUAUCCUCUUGGUAAUGCUGCCAGAAACGAAAAAGACAACGUUACGAGAAGCUGGCCAUCGCUUCCGGCACCUUCAUGACAUUUUGGCCCAUUAG